AUGGCGAGUGAGAGAGAAAAAUAUAGAGAAAUUUUGCAGCGAAAUUUAAGAGCAUUCCCAAAUAUUUCAGCACUAAAACCCGAACAGGAGGAUUGCAUUUUAGCUGUGCUGGAUAAAAAAGAUGUCUUCGGUAUAUUGCCGACAGGAUUUGGAAAAAGUUUAAUCUUUCAGCUUCUUCCUCGCAUUAUGAAGGAAGCAUGGCAGAUCGAACGUGCCACAGUUAUUGUUGUGACUCCACUCGUGUCCAUCAUGAAAGACCAAGUGACCGAAUUAAAGGAACAUGGAUUGAAUGCCUUCCCCUUGCUGAACGAGGAGUCAGAUGAAGAUAUUCUCAACAGCCUAGAAACAGCAGAACUGAUAUAUGGAAUCUUCGAAACCUGGUUGUCUCAACGGUGGUUGAAAGAAUUGAAAGAUGGACAACUAGGCAAACAGAUAGUGUCUAUCGUAAUCGACGAAGUACAUUCUGUAACUCUCUGGUAG